AUGCCUGUCCUUCCGAUGCUAGCCCUCCAGUUCCUGGUGUCCGGAGCAAUGUUGACAUGGUCCUACUCCAGACAGUUCGAAAAUAAGGGGCAGCUUGCCCGGCCCUCAGCCUCCCUUAUGCAUGACGUCACUGGCGAUGAACAGCCAUUCAGUUCGUCAGUUCACCACUUGCAUAGGCAAAAAAUUGUCUGCAGGAGGGUAGUCGAACCAUCGAACGCUUCGUUGCCCUCCCAUAACUCAACCCCCCAUGAAACCCACUUCAGUCAUUCUGUUGCACAGUGGGGCUAG